UCACAUUAAAUCUAGUUGAUCUCCAAUACUUGGAUAGGGAAGGCUAGUUUUAUUUAUUCAGUUAUGUGUCUUGAUAAUGAAAGAGUUAAUUAUUUGUGGCCGAUGAGAAAUAUGAUGGAAUGUUUCUUCAGUGGAGCCCCUGCUUUGCUCAGUAAUUGCUUUAAGGACCGACCCCUUUCACUCGGAAACGUAAGGGCUGACCGUCUUUUGGUAUAGAUGAAAGGUUUCUGAUCACAUGUUUAAUUAAAAUACCAUGAGCCGUCUAUUACAUGUUAAUUGAAGGCAUUCUGAAGACUCAGAGGAGAACACAUUUCCAGCAGACACACACUAACCCAAGAGACAACAAUGGCAAACAAUGUAGGAGAACCUGCUGGACAGCAGACGGAGAUGGACAAGCCUUGUAUCAGGGAAUGCAAGAUAACAAAACGGACAUGCUGUUCACAACUUAAGAUGUUUUUAGUGGCCCUGUCCUUUGUCUACUUUGCUAAAGCACUGUCAGGGACCUACAUGAAAAGCUCCAUCACACAGAUAGAGAGACGUUUUGAUCUCUCCAGCUCUUACAUUGGUCUCAUUGAUGGCGGCUUUGAAAUGGGUAACUUGCUGUUCCUUGCUGUUGUAAGUCACUUUGGAGUCAAAUUUCACCGACCAAAACUGAUAGGAGCUGGUUGUCUGCUGAUGUGUCUGGGAUCCUGUUUAACUGGAAUGCCUCACUUUUUUAUGGGCCGCUAUAAAUAUGAAACAGUAAUUAGAACUUCAGUCAGCGUCACCAGAAAUACCUCGCCGUGUCUACCCUACCAGAACCAGUCUGGGGGUGCUGUGGUACCAGGGAAGUCUUUAGAGGGUUUGAACGCAGGCUGUAAGAAGGAAGCAGGCUCCUACAUGUGGGUUUAUGUGUUCCUGGGAAAUGCUUUACGUGGAAUAGGGGAAACACCUGUUAUGCCUUUGGGGAUUUCAUAUAUUGAUGAUUUUGCGAAAGCAGAGAAUUCUGCUUUCUACAUUGCUUGCCUACAAACAGUCUCACUCCUCGGCCCGAUGUUUGGCUUUCUGCUUGGAUCAUUAUGCGCAAAACUGUAUGUUGACAUAGGAUUUGUGGAUCUUGAAAGUGUGACCAUAACCCCCAGGGAUGCCCGCUGGGUGGGAGCCUGGUGGCUUGGAUUCCUUGUAUCCGCAGUCAUCAUGCUGUUCGCCAGUUUCCCAUUCUGGUUCUUCCCAAAGUCUCUUCCAAAACAAGGGGAAGACAAAAUGGAACAGUUGGAAUGUCUCAAAGAACGACUCCGGGAAACAACAAAUGCAAGACCUCUCCCAUUAAAACUGGCUGACAUUGCAAAAGCUUUUCUUCCGUCGCUGAAAAAGCUGUUGUGUACUCCAGCAUACUUCUUACUUUUAUGUGGGAGCAUCCUAAAGUUCAAUUCCUUCAUUGGCUUAGUGACCUUCAAACCAAAAUAUAUGGAGCAGCAGUUUGGACAAUCUGCAUCCAAAGCUAACUUCUUAAUAGGAGUACUUAAUUUACCUGCAGUUGCUAUUGGGAUUUUCAUCGGUGGAUUUCUCAUGAAAAAGUACAAGCUCGGUGUGGUUGAGGGUGCUCAGCUGUCAUUCGGAACCUCUUUCGUGUCUUUCCUUCUAUUGAUGACUCAGUUUGGAAUAAAGUGCGAGAACUCCAAGGUAGCUGGGUUUACGGUAUCGUAUACUGGAACAAGCCAGAUCUCAUACAAUGAAAAAACGCUACUCUCGGCUUGUAACAGCGGCUGCACUUGCUCACUGAAGCAAUGGGACCCUGUGUGUGCAGACAGUGGGGUUACGUAUGUGUCUCCAUGCCUUGCUGGCUGUAAAGAGACAACAGGAUUUGGAAAAACUACAGUCUUUCACAAUUGCAGUUGUGUGGCAUUUUCAGCUCCUCCAUCUGAAAAUAUCUCAGUCAUACUUGGUCAAUGCCCAAGGAAAGAUGACUGCAGGAGAAGCUUCAUCUACUACAUGGCCGUGUCAGUCAUAGGUUCCUUUAUAAGUGCCCUGGGGGCCACGCCGGGAUACAUUGUGACAAUCAGAUGCAUCAAACCGGAACUGAAGUCCUUGGCUGUAGGAAUUCAGUCUUUGGUUACAAGAACCCUGGGUGGCAUCCCGGCCCCAGUGUAUUUUGGAAUACUGAUUGAUUCCACCUGCUUGAAAUGGGGCAGCAAGAAGUGUGGUGGCAGAGGAGCUUGCAGGAUGUAUAAUUCAGAUGCAUACAGGCUCAUUUACCUGGGGUUGAUCACUGCUUUGAGUGGCUCAUCCUAUUUCUUCAUGAUUGCUGUCAUUCUGUUGUUGAGGAAACAGUUCAAGCGCGUGGAGAAGAAGACCCAAGAUGAUGCAGACGGGCACACUGAGAUCGAAUUCACCCACGUGGACGAAGCUGAGUUAAACCAUGACAUGAAACUGAUGGACUGCCUGCACGAAGCAGGAGCCAGUCCAGAGUAACACAGGAUCAACACGCAUCUGAAAUACAAUAGAGUCACCCAGCAGGGGCAGGAUUGAGCACUAUGCAGAACUUUAAAGAGACCACAAUUAUAGAGCCCAUUAAGUUGAAAUACUAAUGUGAAAGGGU